AUGAGAAAAAUGUUCACAUCGAAACUGCUAUCUAGAGACACAAAGAAAAAACUAUACAUUGCCUACUUGCACCCCAUUGUUAUGUACGGAUGUGAGACAUGGUCCACGACUCAGGGUGACGAGAAUAAACCAUUGACUUUCGAAAGGAAAAUACUUAGAAAAAUAUAUGGGCCUAUAUUAAACCCCAAUACUGGUGUAUACGAGCGAAGAAAAAACGCUGACUUAAACAGUCUGUUUAAUACAGCCAAUUUAAAAGAUUUUCUAAGGUCGAAAAGGUUAGAGUGGGCUGGCCAUGUUUGGCGUGCAGAGGGAAGACCAAGACAACGGUGGUUGGACCGAGUAAAGGACGACCUGAAGAGAUUAAGCAAUGGAGCAAGUAUUGAGGAUGCAGAAGAUCGAGAACUUUGGAGAACUUUGGUAGAAGCUGCGAAGCGCCUAAAUGGCGCGUAA